UAGCAAACCACAUUUCAGAAGAAAGAAGAUGGAUAUUUUACGGCCCGCAGUUAUAUGGAUUGGUAAUAGAUGUUAUAGAAAAAAUCCCAUCAAAAACGACAAGGGUGAGAUCGAAAAUGAAGGAGGCAACUAUGAUGAGGAAGAAUUCGAAAUGGAAGAUGAUAGUUGCUAUAACGACGAAGUCUGUGAUCCAUUUACUAAAAUAGAGCAGACGGAAUCUGGGUACCGAGUUGCCUUGGACAUUCCCAGUGCCUAUUUUAAAUUUAUAAUCGGAAAGAAAGGGGAAACUAAGAAUAGGCUGGAACAUGAGACGAAGACACAGAUUCGAAUUCCCAAACAAGGCAUGGAGGGUGAAGUCGUAAUAAUGGGAAGAGAUAAGAAGGGUGUGGUAUCAGCUAAAACUCGUAUUGACGUUCUGGUUAACUCGGCACGUAAUAAACAACAAUUUACUCAUUUCUUAUCAAUACCAGUUGUAUCGGACGCUGUGAUUGGUGGAUUUGAAGAUUUUAAAAUCGAUGUCUUAAGAGAAUGUGAUGGGGAUAGAGGAUUAGAUGCCACAAUAUUCCAGAACCCUAAAAAACUUCACAUGACAAUCGGAACGAUGGCGUUACUGAAUGAAAGGGAGAUAAACCAGGCUGUAGUUUUAUUGCAGCAAUGUCAACAGGAUCUUAUAGAACCAAUAUUAAAAGGGAAGCCAAUCAAAUUAACAGUGGAAGGUUUAGAAUAUAUGAAUGAUGAUCCUAACUCUGUUGAUGUUUUAUACGCUAAAUUACAGGGAGACGAUUUAGAUAGAUUACAGAAUUUGGUAGACAGAAUAGCUGAUAAAUUCACCUCAGCUAAUAUCAUGCAGAGAGAGUAUGAACGCAUCAAACUUCAUAUUACAGUGAUGAACACCCUAAUGAGGAAAGACCCCACCGGUGCUUCUGUGGCCAGACGACAACCUUAUAAGGACAGGGAAUCAUUUGAUGCUACUUCAGUUUUAAAGAAAUUUGGUAAUUAUAAAUUUGGGGUUCACCAUUUUAACACUUUACACAUAUCCAAUCGUUCGGCAGUAGGACAGAAUGGUUAUUAUGAACCUACGGCUUUUAUUCGGCUGCCUUGAGUGGACCAUGCUGAAAUUCUUUGUUCUUAGCUUGGAAACUUGAUUAAAAUUUCAGAUGAAUUUUAUGCCGCUACAGUUUUCAUUUCUUUACCUUGAGUGGACCAUGAUAGGAUUCUAUAUUGUUUUUUGACACUUGAUCUAAAUUUCAAAUUUGUGUAGUAGGACAAAAUAUUAUUUACCAACUUUGGCUACCUCAAUUUGGAUUUUAAUAUGUGCUUUAUAAGGACUUAUGACAGACUUGCGUUCUGUUAUUUGGAAUAUCGAAGUUCCGUUAAAAGUAACUCCUCUUGUAUGAGAAGGUUGUUUUGUGUGGUUAAAAUUCACUGUCUGAUACAAAGCUAUUUGGAUAAAGUGAACAAGGGUCCAUCUAUUUAUUGAUAAAAUAAUUAAACAAAGAUUAUGAUGUUG